CAGAACUUUUACCGCAGUAUGACUCUCUUCAUCAAUGGCAAGAUCCUCUCGAGGACUGUCGCCAGUUUGGCUGACGAACCUACCUUUGCUGAGAGCAUGUACAUAAAAGACGGCAUCAUUCAAGCCGUCGGUACGAAAGAUGAAGUACAGGCCAAAGUCACAGGGGAUGAUGUUGUCACGCAGGAUCUCGCGGGGAAGACGGUUCUGCCGGGUUUUGUAGAUGGGCAUAUGCAUCUUUUGCUACUGGGCCAGUCGUUGAGAAAGAUUGCGCUGGAGGGAUGUAAGAAUCUGGAUGAUAUUCUUCACGAGCUGCGCACGUACGCAAAAGCGAAUCCGGAUGUUCCGCGGAUCAUGGCAAAGGGUUGGAUGCACUCUAUGACCCCGGAUGGAGUAACGGCCAAGAUUCUGGAUGAGAUUGACGAGAGGCCGAUUUAUGUUGAUACGAAGGACAUGCACUCGACGUGGUGCAAUUCCGCGGGCUUGAAGGAGAUGAAAGUCGCUGAUAUGGAGGAUCCGCCGGGUGGUAUCAUCGAGAGGGAUGAGAACGGCAAACCAUCUGGUGUUCUCAGCGAAGCGUCCAUCCUGUCGAUUGUCUGGCCGACACUUGCGCAGCUUGCGUCGAAUGAGGAGCGGAUUGAGUGUAUGCUCGCUGCGUUCAAAGCGUACCAUGCGUCAGGAUACACGGGGAUAAUCGAGAUGGCGAUGGAUGAGUACAGCUGGGAGAGUCUCGUUGAGCUGAAGAGGAGAUAUCCCGAUGUGGCCAUGCGUGUUACGGCGUAUUGGAUCGUUAAACCUGCUGAUACAGUUGAAGAGCGUAUGAGGCAGGUUGAUAGGGCGAUUGAACUUGCGAAGCAGUAUAGUCUUGAGACGUCGCCUGAUCUUCGCAUCGCGGGUAUCAAGAUCAUCUGCGACGGCAUCAUCGAUGCAUGCACGGCAUAUCUCUCAGAACCGUAUUCUUCAGUUGCUUCACCGCCGCCGUUCUGGUCAAGAGAGGAUCUGGAACCAGUGGUUAAACAGGCCGCUGAUGCAGGAAUCCAAAUAGCCCUUCAUGCCAUCGGUGACGCAGCGAUUCACAUGGCGGUCGACAUGCUCGAGAAGUACGGCAGGCCAGGAGCCAGACACCGAAUCGAACAUCUCGAAGUCUCAUCCCCCGAAGACGCACAACGCCUUGGUAAACUCGGCCUCACAGCUUCCAUCCAGCCCGUCCACGCCGACCCAGCCAUCCUGCGCGCAUGGCCACGCCUCAUCGGCCCCCGUCGCGACCGCGCCUUCGCAUACCGCGAAUUCGCCGACUCAGGCGCCCUCCUCGCCCUGGGCAGCGACUCUCCCACGGCGCCCUGGAACCCCCUGCACAACGUGUACGUGGCGGCUACACGACGUUCAGCGCGGGAGCCAGACUGUGAGGAGGUGGUGAACGAGCAUUUCAAGCUUGGCGUCUGCGAGGCGGUAGUUGCAGGGUCGCAGGGCGCGGCGAGGAGUGUUUUUCAGGAUGGGAGGGUUGGGACGCUGGAGGUGGGCAAGUUUGCGGACUUGGUUGUGGCGGAUAUGGAGUGGGAUAGCAGGACGUUGUUGAGGGCUGAGAUUAGGGAGACGUGGUUUGCUGGGAAGAGGGUUUGGAGUCUUGGGGGUUGAUUGAUGUUGGGAGCGUGGUGUUGGUGGGAGUAUAAAAUGAGAUAGACAAUGAAAUGGGUGAUCUUUGAGACUGUUUGGCGAAUUGAGUACGGUGAGGAUUGAUACUGGAGUUGCUCAUUCCUGCAUGUUACGUCGAUGUUGUCAAUGUGCAAUGUUCAACAUUCAGCUAUGUUCACAUAUCUCCUCGUCAUCUCCAUCUCAAUCCAUCACCACCCCUCAAUCAAUGACGCACUCAACUCCCUAUCAAAACAAUCAUCAGCCCAUCUCUCAUCUAUCAGAUAUACAAACACGCCAAGUUUAUCUCUCUGCCCACGAGUAUCUCCAAACCUAACACCCUAUCUCCUCCUUCGCUCCCAAUUCUAGCCUCCGCUUUCUCCACCGCCCUCCUUUUUUUUUGUUUUCCGCGGGAAAACCUAGGCACCACCAACCAACC